ACACAGCUAGCAGCUAAUCCUGCUCAGCUAACAGCUAACGGCUAACGGCUAGCUAGUGGCGCUAUGAUGGCGGAGCUGGUGCAGGGACAGGCCUCCAUGAGCCAGCCGGGGCUGAAGGCCGACGGCCUGGCCGACGUUCUCCAGAGGGCCCGGCAGAUGGUCGGUAAGAUGGGCGGAGAAGCCAUGUCUCACCUCAACAGCUCCUCAGGAGGUGUGGAGCCAUCGCUGUACUACCAGGGCCAGAAACGACCCGGAGAGGACGGAGUAGGUAACCAGCUAGCAGCCAUGGGGCAUCAAAGCAGGGUAAUCACAGAGGAUUACAAGGUCCCCGACAGGAUGGUCGGCUUCAUUAUCGGACGAGGAGGUGAACAGAUCACCAGGAUCCAGUUGGAGUCUGGCUGCAAGAUCCAGAUUGCUGCUGACAGCGGCGGUCUGAUGGAGCGGCCAUGUUCCCUGACUGGAACUCCAGAGAGCAUCGAGCAGGCGAAGCGUCUGUUGGUCCAGAUCGUGGAUCGCUGCAGAAACGGUCCGGGUUUCCACGGCGACGGUGAAGGCGGAGCCUCUGUGCAGGAGAUGCUGAUCCCAGCCAGUAAGGUGGGGCUGGUGAUUGGCCGAGGAGGAGACACCAUCAAACAGCUGCAGGAGCGAGCGGGGGUGAAGAUGAUGAUGAUCCAGGACGGUCCGAUGCCGACCGGAGCCGACAAACCGCUCCGCAUCUCUGGAGACCCGUACAAAGUCCAGGCAGCGAGGGAGCUGGUGUUGGAGGUGAUCCGGGAGAAGGACGGAGACUUCAGGUCGGGACGCAACGACUUCAGCGCCCGCCUGGGAGGAGCCAGCCUGGACGUUCCAGUUCCACGGUUCGCUGUCGGCAUCGUGAUCGGCAGGAACGGAGAAAUGAUCAAGAAGAUCCAGAACGAUGCCGGAGUCCGAAUCCAGUUUAAAGCAGAUGAUGGCAUCAGUCCAGAGCGUGUUGCCAUGGUGAUGGGUCAGCCAGACCGCUGCCAGCAUGCUGUCCACCUCAUCAACGAGCUGAUCCAGACCGCACAGGAGCGUGACGGCUUCGGCUCGGCCCUGCGGAGUGGCAGGGUCAGAGGUCGUGGAGAUUGGACUAUGGGUUCUCCAGGUCCGCUACAGGAAGUGACCUACACCAUCCCCGCUGACAAGUGUGGCCUGGUCAUCGGCAAAGGUGGAGAAACCAUAAAGAGUAUUAACCAGCAGUCUGGAGCUCACGUGGAGCUGCAGAGGAACCCCCCCCCCACCGACCCCAACACCCGGGUCUUCACCAUCAGAGGCACCGCCCAGCAGAUGGACCUGGCCCGCCAGCUCAUAGACGACAAGAUCGGGGGUUCAGGGAUCAUGAGUAACGGAGGUUUUGGAUUCAGUCCCUUCACUCAGGGCCCUGCUGCACACCAGAACUGUGGCAGCGGUCAGACCUUCCUGACCGGCGUUUGGGGAAACACCUACCAGACCAGCUGGCAGAACCCUGGACAACAAGACCCUGGUCAACAGAACCAACCUCAGAGCCUGAUGGCCGACUACAGUAAGGCCUGGGAGGACUACUACAAGAAACAGAGUCAGUCUUCUCAGCAGAGUUCGGUUCCAGACUACUCUGCAGCAUUAGCAGAAUACUACAGAACUCAGCCCUACCUGUGGAACGCCGCCCAGAUACAGAACGACGAACAACAAUGAUGUCAUUUCCUGUCUCUUCAGGAUCACUAGAGGCUCCUCCCUCACCGGCGAAGGCCUUUGACGGUCGUCGACGGCAACCGAAUCGGGGUUUCCUAGCAACGCUCUGCCGCUUCCUCCUUCUUUUUGUAGAGAAAAACUAAGGAUUAACUGAAAAAUCACGAACUCUUUUCUUUUCUGUUUUUUAACCUUACAAAGUUGAUAUUUUGUCGGGCAGAUUUUUUUGGACUAGCCUCUGGUCUCUCUCCACGGUGUAGACCUGGUUUUUCUUUUUGUUUUAUUUUUUAUCAAACUUGAACUUAAAGAUGUAUCAGUGUGGCUUUGAACAAAAAAAAUCCAGUAUAAUCUAUAUUUUGUCUAGUUUUAUUUUCCAAUAAGAAAACGGUAUAAGGCUUAGCAGUCUUGAGUAAGAAAAUCAGAUAUUAUUAUUAUUAUUAUUAUUAUUUUUGUUUAUGAUAAUGUUUUAAAGCAUGCGUCAGAUUGUGUGUGUUGACUCUCAGUUAUUUUUUUUUAUUUUAUUUUUUUGGCAUAGAAAUAUUUUAAUAGCGUCAGAUGGAAAUUUAAUGUUUUACCGUCAGAGACAAAAACUGUUUUUGUACUAAAUUUGUGCUCGCUGGGUCUGUUUGUUCUCGGUCUAAUUUUACCUGUUAAGUCGCCAUCUUGGAGGUGCAAUGACGCGUUUAUUGUUUUCUUUUGGUUUGAUGAUAGUUCUUAUUCCUGUAUCUCUAUAGUGAUUCUUUAGUUUUUAUGAUGUAAUGAUGAAUAAAUGACGAUUUAUAUUGCGUUGUCUAAAGCCAGAUCUCUCUGUGGUCAAACCGUCUGUGUCCUCCAGCCGACACCACGUUUCCCCACAACUCAACUUUCAUUACAAAAAGGGGGAAAAAUUUAUAUUUUCGUACAAAGUGAAACGUUAUUGUUGUUGUAACUUAGUUCUGCAUUUCUACUUUUGCCGAUUUGUUUGUAGAAGAAGUGUUUGUAGCUGAACAAUGAAGUUAUCGAUUCUAUUAGCGAUGUAUUGGCUAAACUGGCGCGUUGGCUAAACGUGAAAGUUAGCAAAAAAGAUGUGCGUUACCUCAACUGUGUGUUAGCGGAACGAAUGUGGUGGUUGACUGUUUGUUAGCUGUGUUUUAUUAGCUGACUGUUGAACUGAAACGUGUCUCUUAGUGAAAAGACGCGUUUCCUAAACUACAACUUUGUGUUAGCUGUGUGCGUUAGCUUAGCGAAGUGAGUUAACUUUUACUAAAAACAUGCGCGUUAAAAGUUUUUUGAUUGUGAAUUUCUCCCAUUUGAAAAAUAAAUAAAAUCUAAUAAAACCCAAGAAACAGAAAUAUAAGCCGCUCUGCUGGUUAAACAAAUGCUCUGCAUCUAAUUUAACCUGCUAACAAACUGCCAUAACCAUAUAAAACAAUUAAAAUGAGUUAAUUUUAGGCUUAAUAUCCAUUUAUCUACUAUGACUACAUGGCUAGCUCAGGGAGCGACUCGUUUCAGUAAUGUGUCAGCGUUCCCAAAUUAUCCCUGAUUCUCCCGAAUGUAGCAUUUGAUGUUUGUUUCGUUAGCUGUAUGCGUUAGCUUAGCCGUGUGACUUAGCCUUUACUGAGCAUUUUUGUUAGUUGAAUUAGAGUGGAGGCGGUUUCUGUUUGUCCGGCGUGUGUUAGCAGACACUGCUGGAUGUUUGUUAGCUAAACGUGCACCAACUUAACGUUGCUUUGCUCACGACUUAUAGGAAAUAGUGAGAAUGGAAACGUUCACGUCAGCCUCCCACUUUUACUUCCAAGUGAAUUUCUCCCGUUUUGAUAAAAAAAGAUACAGAACUUUCAGCAAACCAGUGAAAACAAAUCUCCAAAGAAGCUUCACUGACAGUAACAUCGAAAUAAAACUCAAUAAACACGAAUAUAAUCCUUUUUUUCUAGUUAAAAACAAGCUUCACACCUAAGUUUACCUGCUAACAAACUGCCAUUACAAUGUAAAAUGAUUCCAACAGCUAAUUUAGGCUUAAUAUCAUUGUAUCCUCUAUUUCUGCAUGGCUAGCUAAGGUAGCGACAUCUUUCAAUAACGUGUCAGCGCUCCAAAAUUAUCCCUGAUUCUCCAAACGCGACGCGAUUGCAGCGUUAGCUGAAUAUUCGUUAGCUAAGCUGUUAUUCGUUAGCUAACGUGUGUGUGUGUGUUAGCUGUAGGUAGUGUGUCUGUUAAAAGCUGAAAUGUGUUCUCAAACAUUCAUGAUUAUUUUUGUAUACUUUUUUGUGGCUGUUUUAUACAAAUAUAUGAACAUGGAGGUAUUUUUCACCGUUUCUAUUCGAACCCUCCUCCCAGCAGGAUGUGUGAUCUACCCGUUAGCUUGUUUACCACAUGUUUAGAUUUUUACUUUAAAUUUUCCCCCUUUUUUGUAAAAAUUCAGACGCUUGUGUUCCUUCGUAGAAGUCUGAUUCCAGCCUUCGCUGUGUGCGUGUUAGCAUUGUGUGCGUCGUGUGUCUGUGUGUAUUUUUGUGCGUUAGCUGAGCGUUUGUGUGCUAGUUAGCUGUUAGCUCGUCGUGUGUUGGACCACAGAGAGGUUUGUCUUGCUUUGAGGGAGAUCUGGCGUCUGUUGAGUUGAAUAUUGAGUCGGUGGUUCUGCUUCUUGUAUGUGUGAUGAUGAUGACGAUGAUGAUAAUAAUAAUAAUGACGACGAUAAUAAUGAGUUCCUCUGUACGGGGGUCUAUUUAAAUCUCUUUAUCCAGUUUUGAGUAUUCAGUUUGUCGAUAAGAUAAUAUGGUUUGUGUAAAUUUCCACUUUCUGGCGGGUGCUCUCCAGUUAAAUGUACUUUGUUAUCCUGUUAAAAAUGAUAUUGUUUAAUUCACAUGUUGUGUCUAACCGAUUUGCAAAGAGAAGCGUGUGUUAUUUUCUCAAGACUGCUAGGCUAACUGUCUCUAUCUCUUCUUCUUGUCUUUCUGUCUCCGUCCGUCCAGACGUCGUCACGUUUAAAAAGCUGGUGGGAUUUGUGAUAUUUAGUAUUUCAGCACGUCUGUGAUCGGACCAUGUGAUUACGUGUUGAACGAUCCCACAGCUGGUUAGCGUGGCGGCUCUGAGGCGGAGGAGAGCUGUAGUGAGGGGGUUUAACUCCCCGAAACAUUAUUAAAAAGCACCGGAGUGGACGGCGGUUUGGUGUCCAGCCCCAGUUCAGGACCAUCAGGGGUAAACCAGUAACCGACUGGUCACACCAAUCCCCCCCCCUGAACCGGGACGGGACACGACCCACCCGUCCACUCCGGUUUAGAUCUUCCUAGUCCCGAGCCCUCGCCCUGAAGGGGUGACGGGGAGCCUUUUUGGUUUCUGUUGUUUUCUAACGGACAGACGUCCUAACUGUAACCUGCAGAUUUUUCUAUUAGAUUCUAUUGACCGAUGAAGAGUUGUGUAUGAACCCGAGCCACGAGACUGUCGGUGGCCGAGGAAGAGGAAGAUGGAUGAUGUUGAUGAUUAACAUGAGGGCUAAUAAACAAGCUCAUUCUUUC